AUGGCGGGCCGCAGAACCGGAGGGACCACUCCGGACGGCUCGCAGGCAGGAGACACAAAUAGCAGCGAGCAGAUCGACAGCCUGCGGUAUGAGAUCAGUUCGCUUACACAGCAAAUGGGCCAGCUGGUGCCGCUGGUCGGAGGACUUGCUGCACGUAUAGAGGACAAGUCCGGCGGUGCCACGGAGGGCGCCGCUGAAAGCGGCGGCGCCGUGGAGAGCGUCGCCACAAGCACUGCAGGUCAUUUUGGGACCGUGCAGUACGACGGGAGCGCGCAGGCAGCGGACCUGCGAAGAGAGUCUGGUCCUUCGGGACGACACAGCGGCGAAGUAGGGGGUUCAGACCCCCAAGAGGUGAGAGUAGCCGCUGCUCACAAUCAAGCUUGUUUCAGCAGCGCCAUGGGAAGUGGUGCUGCUGUCUUCGGUAGUGCGAGCGUGGGAUACCAAAGCGUGAAGUACACAGCGCCCACGUUCAGCGGAGACGCCAAGAGCUUUUCUUCGUGGCUAGAGGAUUUAUUGAUGGCAGCGAAUACAGCAAACCUUCUUGAACUUUUCGAGGAGGGGGGGGCGGAGAUCCCCGUAAACAGUGGGCAGAGCAAAGUCCAACUGUCCAGGUUUUACCCGCACGACAAAGUAGAGCUCGCUUUCCACGCGUGGAAUUUCCUCCGUGGAGCUCUCAAGGACGAGAAAGACAGGACAAUAAUGAAGCGAGCUGAGUCGCCCCUGGGGGCGCUCCGUGAGCUGAAGGGGUUGUACGACCCAGAAUCGUCCAUGCAGCCUGCGGAUGAGUUAAAAUCCCUGACAUCCAAGAAGAUCCCGAUGGCAGAGAAUCCGCAACAUGCUCUCAACAGUAUGCUCGCCACCGCAGAGUCCCUUUCGAAACGGGGGCUUGAUGUUAACGAAACCUUCGUUUUGCACCUCUUCUUGGAUGCCCUCUCCAACGAGUACGCUAUGACCAAGCACGCCCUCAGACACAAGGAGAGGUUGACAAGGAGUGACGUCCUGAAGGAGGUCACCAUCGAAUAUCGAUCGAUCAUGGAGAAGGUGAAGGCGGGGAAAGGCAAGGGCGCGCGCGGCGCCGAGCAGGCCUAUCUCGCUGAUGGAGGCGCNGACCAAGCACGCCCUCAGACACAAGGAGAGGUUGACAAGGAGUGA